AUGCCCUCCCCACGUCCAGUACUCUGUCAGAAGAGCCCAUGCCACGACAGUCUUACAACGAGAGUGGUCGUGGUGCUCAUGUUCGUUGCGGUAUGUCAGGGCGAAAGUGGGAAGCUCGGAGUUGUUCGCGUGAUGAGGGGCGAGACUUUUUCCUUCUGCCUCAAGUAUUUCCCGUCGUUCAAGGCGCUGCCAGAGGAUAAGUCGGAAGCGGAGGCCCGGCAGCUCGUGGACAUGACGGCUCAGAAUGGGUGCCUACCACUGCGUAAGAUCAACCUGACCGACAAAGUGGCGCUCAUUCGUGACUUGGGACACUGUCCACUCGAGACUGUUGCCAAGAACUUCCGCGAGGUCAAGGCCUAUGGUCUAGUUGUAGGACUCUCCGGCAGCAAACUUGACGACGUUGUCUAUGACAGGCAAUCACCUGAGCCUCUCGACAUUGUUGUCGGGUUUGUCAGCAGAAGAAGUUUAGGAAAGUUGAUGAAACUGAUGACGCCGAAGGAACCACUGCUUACUCAGCUCUUCACAAAGGAGCCUGAGGUCGACAAGGGGCUCCUCAUUGUUUGGUCGAUCGCUACAUUCAGCGUUGCCAUGGGCGCUUUGUGGGCAGGAGUCAUCAGUCAUCAGCUUUACCGCUACCACGCCUACAAGGCGAGCCGGCCCGCGGCUGCCGCGGAGGAAUCCCAGCACGAGGGCCGACGAGCGAGCGUCGACGAAAACGGCGAGGUGGUGAAGAAGCCCGAAGAGAUAGACGUUGGGGAGGACAUCGACCUGCAGUUGACACCCAAGGCUAUGGUCUUAUUUGUCGCCUUCAUGUCCGGCGCGUUGAUCGUACUCUACCUCUUCAUCCAGUAUCUCGUGUACGUGAUCAUUGGCAUGUUCGUGCUCGCGUCGACAGUUGCUCUCAUCGGAGUUCUUGAACCCUUGUUCUACAUGCUGCCUUUUGGCACGGCAAGGUAA